GCAUCUUCCCCCGGGCUGGUGGCAUCAUAUUGAAAUGUUGCCUUCGCCGGCAGAUGAGGUCGUCAGCAUUAACUUCUGGUACCCGCCACCGACCUGGUUCCACGGAAAUUUGGCGCAGGGCGAGAUUGAUUGGGACAGGCCCCUGUAUGGCGUUCGGCGGAUGCUGUUUCAGAGAUGUGUGGAGGAGUUGGUCGCACAGAUGGCAGACCCUUCGAAGGUGCAACAGAUCUUGGAGUUGGCCGUUCAGGAGUCUCCCUCAGGGCCGGUCGAUCAGAGCCUGAAGCAG